AUGAGAAAUAGAACAUCAGUGAAAGAGUUCAUCCUGCUGGGUCUGACUGAUAAUCCAGAACUACAACUUUUGAUUUUUUUCUUUUUAUUUCUCACGUAUUUAUUGAGUGUGGCUGGAAAUCUCAUCAUCAUCAUUCUGACUUUGCUGGAUUCCCACCUGAAGACGCCUAUGUACUUUUUCCUCAGGAAUUUCUCCCUAUUGGAAAUUUCAUUUACGUCUGUCUGUAAUCCUAGAUUUAUGAUCAGCAUCCUAACUGGAGACAAAUCUAUUUCCUACAAUGCUUGUGGAGCUCAGCUAUUUUUCUUCAUCCUUCUUGGUGCAACAGAGUUUUUCCUUCUGGCCUCUAUGUCCUAUGACCGCUAUGUGGUCAUCUGCAAACCUCUACACUAUACAACAAUCAUGAGUAACAAGAUCUGUUACCAGCUUGUAAUCUCCUCUUGGGUGGCCGGGUUCCUGGUAAUCUUCCCACCACUCAUCAUGGGUUUAGAUCUGGAUUUCUGCGACUCUAAUUUGGUUGACCACUUCACCUGUGAUUCUGCUCCAUUACUACAAAUCUCUUGCACAGACACAAGCACUCUAGAGCUUAUGAGCUUUGCUUUAGCUGUAUUUACUCUCCUGUCCACUUUGACCUUAGUAAUUCUCUCCUACUCUUACAUCCUCAGAACAAUUCUGAGAAUCCCCUCUGCUCAACAAAGGAAAAAAGCCUUCUCCACCUGCUCUUCCCACAUGAUUGUUGUGUCUAUCUCCUAUGGAAGCUGCAUCUUCAUGUACGUAAAAACAUCAGCAAAGGAGGGAGUUGCAUUGACCAAGGGGGUAGCUAUGCUCAAUACGUCUGUCGCUCCUAUGCUCAAUCCAUUCAUUUACACUUUACGGAACCAGCAGGUGAAACAAGCCUUUAAAGAUAUUGUGAGAAAGAUGAUCAACUUAAAAGCAUUUAGCAAUUGA